AUGUCGACAAAACAACCGUCGCGUGUCGUCUUCGUCGGAAAUAUUCCCUAUGGAUUAUCGGAAGAGCAGAUUACCGACAUCUUCAGCACUGCUGGCAAGGUCCUAAACUUCCGUCUCGUCUAUGAUCGUGAUACAGGUCGGCCGAAGGGUUUUGGGUUUGCAGAGUACCCCGACGCAGACUCGGCAGCUUCAGCAGUUCGCAACCUAAACGACUACGAAAUCAUGGGGCGGAAGCUCCGUGUCGACUAUAGUACGGAAGGUCGGGUCGAUGGCGAUGACUCUAACAGCGCAUCCACGACUACUGGCCAGCCCACAAAUGGUGCCUCGUAUAUCGUUCCUCAGACUGUUCCCGCAGGCUCAUUACCCCCUCUCCCACCCGGAAAAGAGUUGCCUGCUGGAGUUAGCGCUACCGAUGCUAUCUCUAGAACGCUCAACACUCUACCUCCGAGUCAGCUUCUCGAUAUUCUCUCUCAGAUGAAAUCUCUAGCAACAACCGACCCAGGCCGCGCGACUGAACUACUACAGCAGGCGCCACAGUUGUCUUACGCCAUCUUCCAAGCUCUACUAUUAAUGGGUCUCGUCUCUCCCGAAGCUAUACAUUCUGUUGUCGAUUCUUCGGCCGCACCGCCUCCAGUUCAACAGCCCGUGCCCGGCUAUCCCCCCGCGUACACGGGUGCCACGACGGUCACACCCCCAGUCGCUGCACCGUAUGCGCCGCCCGCUACAGCAACUGCUCAGCCUGGCUAUGCGCCUCCUACAGCUAGCGCGCCGGCCAUGGCGCCACAGCAGGAUACGGAGGCCCUGAUGCAGGCAGUCAUGAACUUAUCGCAGGAGAUGAUCGAUCAGCUUCCCGAGGCGGAGCGCCAACAGAUUUUGACUCUAAGAGCGGGCAUGAUGGCCCAAAGGCGCUAA